AACGAUCGCCCCUCUCCCCCCCGCCUCCUCCUCUCUCUCCCUCGCCGUACGUGCUCGCCGGACUUCCAAGACGGCCGUCGCCAGCCGUAACGCGCACGCGCGCGAUUUCGGGUCGGAGCCUUCUCCGAUGACCACCUCGUCGUCAGGGAGCGUGGAGACGUCUGCCAACUCGAGGCCGGGCUCCUUCUCCUUCGGCAGCGCGAGCUUCACGGAAAUGCUGGGCGGCUCCGCCGCGGCCGGCGGCGCGUCCGGGUACAAGGCCCUGACCCCGCCUUCGCUGCCGCUCUCGCCUUCGCUCAUGUCGCCGUCGUCCUUCUUCAGCAUGCCCGCCGGCAUGAACCUGGCCGACUUCCUCGACUCGCCGGUGCUCCUCACCUCCAGUAUCUUCCCCUCACCCACGACGGGCGCGUUCGGGACGCAGUUCAACUGGCGGCCGGAGGCGCCGGCGCCGGGCGCCGCCGAGCAGGGUGCCAACAAGGAGGAGCAGAGGCAGCCGUACUCCGACUUCUCGUUCCAGACGGCGCCUGCGAACAGCGAUGAGGCCGCGCGUGCGACGACCACCAGCUUCCAACAGCCACCGGUUCCCGUGGCGUCACAGGGAGAGGAAGCGUACACAGGCCAGCAGCCGCAGCAGCAGGCAUGGGGUUACGGCCAGCAGGCUGCGGGAGCCAACCCGGCGAGCUUCAGCGCGCCGGCGCUCCCGGCGACCUCGUCGGAGACGGCGCCUGCGGGCGUGUACAGGCAGACGCACUCGCAGAGGCGGUCGUCGGACGACGGGUACAACUGGCGCAAGUACGGGCAGAAGCAGGUGAAGGGGAGCGAGAACCCGCGCAGCUACUACAAGUGCACCUUCCCCAACUGCCCCACCAAGAAGAAGGUGGAGACGUCGCUGGAGGGCCAGAUCACCGAGAUCGUCUACAAGGGCACGCACAACCACGCCAAGCCGCUCAACACGCGCAGGGGCUCCGGCGGCGGCGCGGCGGCGGCCCAGGUGCUGCAGAGCGGCGGCGACGCGUCCGAGAACUCCUUCGGGGCGAUGGUCACCACGCCCGAGAACUCCUCGGCGUCCUUCGGGGACGACGAGAACGCCGUGAGCUCGCCGCGGGCUGGCGGCGACAACGACGACGAUGAGCCGGAUUCCAAGAGGAGGAAAGACGGUGGUGACGGCGAGGGGAUCAACAUGGCCGGCAACCGGACGGUGCGGGAGCCGAGGGUGGUCGUCCAGACCAUGAGCGACAUCGACAUCCUCGACGACGGCUACCGGUGGAGGAAGUACGGGCAGAAGGUGGUGAAGGGCAACCCGAACCCGCGGAGCUACUACAAGUGCACCACGGUGGGGUGCCCCGUGCGGAAGCACGUGGAGCGCGCGUCCCACGACCUGCGCGCCGUGAUCACCACGUACGAGGGCAAGCACAACCACGACGUGCCCGCCGCCAGGGGGAGCGCCGCGCUCUACCGCCCCGCGCCCCGGGCGGCGGACAGCACCGCGAGCACCGGCCACUACCUUAACCCGCAGCCGUCCGCCAUGGCGUACCAAACCGGCACGGGCGGCCCGAACGUCGCCGCCGCCGGGACGCAGCAGUACGCCCCGAGGCCCGACGGGUUCGGCGGCCAGAACCAGGGCUUCUCCGGGCCCGGGUUCAACGGCGGCUUCGGCUUCUCCGGGCCCGGGUUCGAUAACCCGACGGCGUCGUACAUGAGCCAGCACCAGCAGCAGCAGAGGCAGAACGACGCGAUGCACGCGUCGAGCGCCAAGGAGGAGCUGAGGGAGGAGGACAUGUUCUUCCAGAACUCCCAGUACUGACCAACGAGGGUCAGAAAUGGCAAACGACACGACACGACACGAUGGAGCUUCUUUAUCCUGUAAUAUGUAAUUGUACUAGGAUAGGCGUAGACACAUUUGUUUAUUUGUUGGGAGCCCCCCACAGUUGCAGACGGCUGCACAAAAGGGCCUUAACACGUCGGAGUAAAGAAAAUAUUUAGGACUGUAGCAUACACACAAGAUAGGGGGGUUUAAGCAGUUUUGCUUUGCCACACAGAAGUAUGUUGUUCGAUUCAAAUUUUAGUAAUAGCAGAAAUUUGUCACUA